AUGGAGACUCAACAUGCACUUCCAAGCUCUCUGAGAGCUCAAAUGAGUGACAGAAAUGAAUUAGCCAUGUUUAACGAUUGGUGUCAAGAGGAAUCAAGUGUGGUUCACCCGGCCUUUGCCGGCGGCAAUAACUACUAUGACAGCCAGAAGGCGGAGAUGGUUCCUAGGGAGGCUUAUCAUGACCUCAAGGAACUCAUCGUGAAACACUUGGAAAACAACCCGAUCCCGGGUCUCAACCCAGAAAAGUGCACCAUGGACGAUGUGUAUGAGCAAGCUCGAAUUGCUGAGGAUGAGUACAACAGCCGUGACGCAAGCAGUAGGUUUCGGAGCUGGACCAGGAACAAAGCACCAAGUUUGGCUUCAAACCUUGGAGUUUUCACGGAAAUGUUUCCAGACGAGUACGGUCUGUCUGUUGUGGCUGGAAGUUUGAGUGUGAUCUUCAAUGCUGUGACAAAAAUCGCCGACAACCGCGAGAAGAUCUUCCACUUCUUCCAAGAAAUUCCUGAUAUUCUCCGCGAUGCGAAGGUGCAACAUAAUUCAUUCCCCAAAGACCCAACUCUCACUAGGUUGCUAAAGGCUCUACACCAAGCCGUGCUUCUAGCACUCACGGGGCUCUUGGACAUCUUGCAGCCAAGAAAACACAGAGGAGUAUUCAAAACUUUAAAUAUAUCAAAAGAAGGCUCGCGCAAACUUGACUCAUUUUUCCAAGUUGAGACCACGGCAGAUCAGAUAGACAAAAUAACGCAAUCAGUCCGCGAUAGCAACAACCGACUAAACAGUUACGUCAGCAGCCUAAGCUUCAGCACGAUGGGGACCCUCAAGAAAAGCUCCAGCGAGAACCUACUCCAGACCAGAGCUGUGCGCCAGACCCAGCAUACCAUGAUGUCUAGGAUGAGUGAUGGGUUCAGUGACGUUCGCCAGGAUGCACGGGACGGUUUUGCAAGCUUGCAAGAGCAACAGGAGAAGCAUGCGGAACGUAUGGAGGCUACUUUAGAACGAGCGGCACAGACGUUUUUGUAUCGUCUAGUGCAUGAAGGGUUUAGGAAUUACAAUCUUGCUGGACUCGAAUCUCCCUAUCUGAUGGCUACAAACUAUGCAUUGCCCGCGCCUUCUAUGCCCCUAGAAGAAUUAUUCGACAUAUUGCACAUCGACCUUGGGGUCGUGGGUGACCAGCUGAUGGAAGUCGUUAAUAAGAGCAACGCCUUUGAACCAAAUGCCAUGAGGCAAGCGAGUUGGUUGCUGAGACACAAAAACUUCAAGUACUGGCUUGCCAGUCCUCAAUCGGGUACGCUGCUAGUUGAUGGAUUUUGCGGCGAUCAGCGGAUCGGCAGACAUGCCCCUAUAUCUUCUGUAUCCGGCACCCUUGCAGUUGGGUUGCCCAAGAUCCGAAGUGGGGAGCGGAGCUCUUGCUAUGUCUUGUGCUACUUCUGCGGGUUGAACUCCUACCCAGAUAACGAAUCUUCGGGUCCAACGCAAAUUGUACGCUCACUUCUUGCACAACUAAUUGCAUCUUUAAGAGGAGGCGCGAAGAAUCUCGACUUAUCGUUCAUUGCGGCGGAUGCAGACCUACAUCAGGAUCUGAUGCACCAUAACAUAUCGGGUCUCCUGCACAUCUUCCGCGGGAUAGUCAGUCAGCUACCUUAUAGUACAGUACUAUACUGCAUCAUCGACGAUCUAUCAAGUUUUGAAACCGAUGAUCGGAACUGGAGAAAUGAUUUGCGCUACUUAGUCAACCAGCUGCGAAGCCUUAUUGAUGACUUAAUGCGCCAGCCUGGAAAGCCAGCCUUCAAGCUUUUGAUGACGAGCUCGCACAAGAGUAUGGAUAUAUACGAAUUGAUUCCCGAAGAGGAGCAGAUUUCUCUUCGGGCUGGACAUCUGAGCCCGUCACCUUUAACGCAACUGGCAGUCCUGGAUGGCCUGGAUGCUGUGGCCCAAAUGCCCGCCAUUGAGACACCCCGUCGAAGUCCAUUGAUCGUGCAUCGAGACAGCUCGAAAGAUCAGGAAGCCAUUCCGUUUUCUCCUCCCGGGUAUAAUGACGGGUCGCAUGCAGAUUGGAACAUUGACAAAGCUACGAGCCCGACACAGAACGCGUAA